AUGUCUCCGGCUGCAAUCGAUCCACCGGACGCCACAGUGUUGGCGCUACGAAAGGAUCUCUGUUCCGAACAAGUCCCCCUGGCGAAACGAUUCCGUGCACUCUUCUCCCUCAAACAUCUCGCCGCACAAAAGCCGGCUACACCACAGACUGUUCCAGCAAUCGAAGCGAUAGCAGCGGCAUUAACAUCACCUUCCGCAUUGUUGAAACAUGAGCUGGCGUAUUGCUUAGGACAAAGUGGGAAGGAAGAGGCAAUCCCUUUUCUGCGAGAUGUGAUUGAGGAUAGGCAAGAAGAUGCUAUGUGCCGGCAUGAAGCUGCGGAAGCUAUUGGAGCGCUGGGACAUCAGGGCAGCUUAGAGCUUUUGAAGCAGAGGAGAGAUGAUAAAGGCGAAGAGGAAGUUGUGAGGGAGACGUGUGAUAUUGCGAUUGAGAGGAUUGAAUGGGAGCAUUCUCCAGCAGGGAAAGCGGAGAAGUUGAAACAAAGGUACGGCUAUCUCCAAAAUUCCGCAAAUACUUGUACCACAGGGAGUGAGACUGGUUAAAACCCACAAUACCCUCGGACAAGAUGCUGCUCAAGCCUAGAAUUUUGGCAUCCUAAUUCAAUCGCGUAGUGACUUCGCAUCGAUCGACCCAGCGCCUCCAAUGCCUGAAGAGAGCGAGAAGGCUUCGAUUGUAGACCUGGAAAGGACUCUAUUGGAUACUUCCCUCCCAUUGUUCAAGCGCUAUCGAGCUAUGUUUGCGCUGCGCGACCUUGCAUCUCCUCCGGACCUCCCGACCGCAGUACCUGCAAUCCAUGCUCUCGCAGCGGGCUUCGACGAUCCUUCAGCACUCUUCCGCCACGAGAUCGCCUUCGUCUUCGGCCAACUAUCACAUCCAGCGUCGAUACCGAGUCUGACAGAGUGCCUCAGUAAUACCAAAGAAGCUAGCAUGGUCCGUCACGAAGCCGCAGAAGCGCUCGGUAGCUUGGGAGAGGAGGAAGGCGUAGAGGAUACUUUGAAGAAGUUCAUCAAUGACCCAGAGCAGGUAGUCCGGGAUAGCAUCAUCGUGGCGCUCGACAUGGCAAAAUAUGAGCGCAAUGGUGAGAUGGAAUAUGCGACACUACCAGUUGCUGAGGCUUCAGCAUAG